AUGCCAUCAACAACCUCCCAGCAAGGCAAUGAUCAAUCACAACAACAACCAGGCUGCGAUGCCGCAUCGCCUUCUCCCCCGCCGCCGGCGCCGGUCCCUCUGACUCCUGGACCACGCGCAUCGCGUCUGCAGCAGGUAUUCAACGAGGCUCUGGCGCGGACGCUGCGCGCGAAUUCGUACGCCAAUUUCGCGGCCUGCUUCCCUACGCCCGCGAAGCAUGUUCCUGCCAGUCUGGAGUCGGUGUGGCGGCAAUUGAAUGCCAAGUUGGAAGAGAGCGCCAAGGCGGAGUUUGACGACAUCAUGCGCGAGCGCGAUGCGAUUAGGCAGUUGAAUGAGCUGGAUAGAUUGGUGGGGGAGGCGAGGCGGCGGAAGGAGAACGGAGAGGGUCAGAAUCCGGUAGCUCCGCAUACACUUGGCGCGGAUGAGCUUUACCAAGCUCACUUGAGACCUUACCUGAAAGAGGUGCAGGCCUCUCUCAAUGCCAAGAUUGAAACGACACAGUCGCAGAAUGCCGAGCUGGCAGAGAGAAUCCAGGCUCAACGAAAGGAGAUAGAGUCCUUGCUUUCCGGGCUGGAGGCCGUGGUGGGAGAUCUCGAAGGCGCCGCCAAGGCAUCGACUCAGUUCAGCAAGGAGCACAGUCUGCGGCAGGAGAGUCUGCAGAUGGACGAAGAGGUUAAGGCCAGAGUGGACAUCUGA